CACAGCCCAGAUAGCACUUCCUGUUUCCUGACAUAAAUGUCAACACGCAGGAAGUUUUCUUGUCACUUGAUGGAAUUUUAGUGUCAUCGCAGGAAGUCCACCUUUCCUGAGGCAGUCGGGUGAGAAAAUGGACGGCAUGAAAAUGGACGGCAUGGAAAUGGACGAUGGCGCAUAUUUGAGUAAGAACUUCUUGAUGGACGGAGUGAUCACACAAGUGAAUUUCCAGAAAAAGAAGUCAGCGUCCAGGCGUGUGGUGGCGUGUCUGGCUGUUCUGUGUGCGCUGCUGCUGGCUGGAAAUAUCGGACAAUUUCUCCACUAUGAGCUCCUGCCCUAUUUUGCUACAAGAGACCAGGCAAACUCCGACUGUCUGACUCAGGAGAAUCUCCAAACUAAAAACCAAGUCUCCCCUGUAAGCGCUGACCAUUACGAGGCAGUAACUACAGACAGAAACCAGCUGGAGGCCAUGUUGAAUAACCUCACAAAGGACAAAGACCGGUUGAAGACCGACUACGAUUCUUUAGCGAAUGACCGAGACAAACUCCUCAGCAGCAAGAACACUUUGAUGGCCGAAUUCAAGGGUCUGCAGACCAACCACAGCCAACUGAAUAGGGACUAUGAUGCGGUACAAUCCCUGAUUAGUGCACUUAGGGCACAGAGCGGCCAAUUACAGUCCAAUUACGAUUCCCUCAUUAAGGCGAAAGAGAUCCUUCAAACCACUAAAACCACUUUGGUUGCUGAGAGAGAUGACCUAAGGACUCGAUUCGACAAUCUCCAAAACGAGAAAGAACAGUUGCAAAGCAAUUUGUCUUCUACGAGAAGUGAGAAAGACAGGUUACAGACCCGUUACGAUUCUCUCGUUACGGAGAAAGAGCUCCUUGGAACCAGCAAAACCACUUUGGCUACGGAAAAAGAUGCCCUCAAGUUGCUCUUCAACAAUCUCAAAAAUGAGAAAGAGCUUCUACAGCGCAAGUUUACCUCCCUGAGAAGUUUGAACAACCAGCUACAGUCCAGUUACAGCUCCCUCGCUAAGGAGAAAGCGCUUCUGCAAACCAGCAAAACCACUUUGGUUGCUGAGAGAGACGACCUAAAGACUGGAUUCAACAAUCUCAAAAACGAGAAAGACCUUCUCGAGAGCAACUAUACUUCCUUGAGAAGUUUGAACAACCAGCUACAGUUCAGUUACAGCUCCCUCGCUAAGGAGAAAGCGCUUCUGCAAACCAGCAAAACCACUUUGGUUGCUGAGAGAGACGACCUAAAGACUGGAUUCAACAAUCUCAAAAACGAGAAAGACCUUCUCGAGAGCAACUAUACUUCCUUGAGAAGUUUGAACAACCAGCUACAGUCCAGUUACAGCUCCCUCGCUAAGGAGAAAGCGCUUCUGCAAACCAGCAAAACCACUUUGGUUGCUGAGAGAGAUGACUUAAAGACUCGAUUCAACAAUCUCAAAAACGAGAAAGACCUUCUAGAGAGCAACUAUACUUCCUUGAGAAGUUUGAACGAGGCGUUGCAGAACAUUCAGAGUGUCCUGGUACCAGAACGGAAUGAGCUGCAGAGGAACAUCAACAAGAUGACCUCUAAACUGAAAGGCAUGAAAUGUCAGCCUGGCUGGAGGAAGUUUGACUUUAGCUGCUACCAGGUGUCAAGAACCACUAAGAACUGGCAGGAGAGCAGACAGGACUGCAUCCGCAAGGGAGCAGAUCUGCUUGUCAUCGACAGCAGGACUGAACAGGAGUUCGUUCAGAGUUUAUUGAGCACCGGUCAACAUGCGUGGAUCGGACUGACUGACAGCGCCACCGAGGGAACGUGGCUUUGGGUGGACGGGACUCCGGUCAGCACAAGGUACUGGCUGGCCGAGCAACCUAACGACUUCCGGAACCAGGACUGCGGCGAAAUCCAGAAAAAAGCCUUGAGCGCUUUGAGAAACUGGAACGAUGACAGCUGUUCUACGGAUCAGUACUGGAUUUGUGAAGCUUGAAUUGUGCUAAAUAGAUGCUAACUAAAUGUUUGGUUAAAAACAUUUAAAAUACUGCAACAGCUUGUCAUUUUUUCAUAGAAAAGGAAAAUAACGUUUUCCUUAUGUUUUAAUAAUUUAAUGCAAAGUAAUUUAGCUUAUGACUAAAAGAAAUGUAAUAUUAAAAUUUCGUUUUUUACUUUCCUCUGAUUGUCACGACCUAAAAUGCUUGAAAUCGUGGCAUUUUUUCAGAAAGUCGACGAAAAAGUUGCAAUGUUUAAGACUUUUUUUUUCCAAUAACAUUGAAUCAAUAUUUGUUAUCACAUUUUUAAACAUCUGAGAACUGUUAAGAGUGAUCUAUAGCACCAAUGUUGGUAAAUGACAAACAGUGAGAGAUUAUCAUCACACUUCAACUUCUCUAACAUGUAAAUGCUGCCUUUUUUUCUAGGUUAGCAUUGCAAAUAAAAAUAUGUUCUUAAUUGUCUUGCC